AUGACCUUGCAACAAUUCACCUUUGUCAACGUCGGUGCUCCUUCAGAUGCAACAAAUGAGGGAAACAAGAAACGAAUCCGUUCCGCCGCCGCCGCCUCUGGAUGGGCUUCCGGUGUUCGCCCAAAGCUCCACCAAAGGCUCCCUGACACCCUGAAAGAUCCUCGAUUUACGAGUCCAGUUGACUUCAAGGCUUUGUUUGAAGCAACCGAGAAGUCCGCCGUUAGCGCUGGUCCAGAUGUAGAGCAUGACCGAAAGGUUUCUAUCAUCUCUGAAUCCGAUGCUGCUCCUACUUCGCACCAGUAUCCAGAUCGUAAAGAUCGCGAAUUUACUUGGGAGACCAACACUACAAGUAGACCUUCUACAACGAAACCGGAUACCACCGAGUUUGACGGCCGACCCUUCAUUUCGAACACAAAAAGGAAACGAACACCACGUAGCAGCCAGGCUUCCAGCCCACGCCGACGCGCUCCGGCAAGCUCAUCUUCUGCUUCCACGUCUUCACAAUCGGUCGUUGCAAGCCCUACGACCUUCGUCUCGUCCUGGAUAUCGUCGAUCGAGACUCCAGAUACCAGUUUGACCACACCAAAUUCCGCCCUCGUGAGUCCUCAUGACCUGGGCAGCGGCGUUUAUGAUGCCUUCAACUGCUAUCCGGUCGCCAGCCAGCCCUGGUAUGACCGAGUCCUACACCAUAUGCUAACUGUAUUUGCUCCUCGCGGCUGGCCCGCGUUAGGCAUUUCCAACGCAGAAGGACUCAAAUGGGAACGCUUCAUGACUCAACAUGCUCUUGCAGACUCUGCUCUCUUCAACGUCCGGCUCCUCUUUGCUUCCGGCGACUUGAUCAAGCUGAAAGUUCUGCCCUACGAAACAUCGCUCUUUUUGCGGGAUCAGGCCGUACGAUCCAUCAAUGAAGCACUGAACGAUCCUGUUCGCGCUGUCAGCGACCCAUUAAUCCUCGCCGUUGGUCGCAUCGCCCUUCACGAAAGUCUGUACGGCGACAGAAGCGCGGCCAACCUGAUACAUCGACCCGCACAACACCGGAUGAUUACGAUGAGAGGUGGCAUGGGUGCUUUGGACUUCCCAGAGCUCGUGAAGAGGUUGAUGAGGUGGGCCGACAGAGUCAUGUCCAUCCAAUCCGACACACCUAGAUUCCUACCCGACGAUGACCAAUGCUUCUCCAUCCGUCAAAGUGUCGAGGUUUUGGAGAAAUGGGUACCCCAAGAAGGCAGAUCUCUACGGCGGAAGGUCAACUCUUGA